AUGGCGGCGCUGGCGAGGAUUUUGCGGUUGCAGACGCGAUUCAUUUCAACACAAUCAUUCCAAUAUGAUCGCUACCCCAUCCUUCGAGCUUCCUCUCGGCAUUCUUCGAUUAAUACAAUAUUAAACAGAUAUGGAUUUCUUAAAAGGGGGGUCUCGACGCAGACAAAUCCAAAUAAACACGUUUGUGAAGAUGUAGAAAAUAAUGAAGUCGAUGCCUUGAAGUCUAGCGCAAACUCAGAUAAUGUCCCUACAUCCAUGAGCAUUACAGAGAACUCUGCCAUAAAGUUUUCAGCUAAUUCAAAUUUGAAAACAUCCUCAAGGCACGAUCUUGCUAUGAUUUUCACCUGCAAGGUCUGUGAAACGAGGUCCAUUAAGACAGUUUGUCGUGAAUCAUAUGAGAAAGGUGUAGUUGUAGCAAGAUGCGGUGGAUGUAAUAAUCUUCACUUGCUUGCGGAUCAUCUCGGAUGGUUUGGCGAACCAGGAAGCAUUGAGGACUUCCUGGCUACUCGGGGAGAAGAAGUUAGAAGAGGGUCAGUUGAUACACUAAAUCUUACAUUGGAAGAUAUAGCUGGAAAACAAUCUUGA